AUGGGUGUGUUGCGCGACUUGGGGAUUGAUCCUGAAGAUAAGAAGAAAAAACCUGUGAGAAAGAAGAAGGUUAUCACGUUGGAUUCCGAGGUGACCAGCAAGGGAGCUGGGAGCAGUCGCGCAACCGCUGGCGCUGCUGACAAAGGUACUCUCCGCCUUCGUCAAAGUAACUUGGAGGAUUACGUUAUUAUCAGUGAUUCAUUUGAAGGUUUAUCGCGUAUAGGCGAGAAGAAAACUGGAGCAGGUGGUUCAAAGAGCUCAGGGAGCGCGGGUUCUCGCAACCCGGAUGCUGGUGCGACUCCUUCCUCUGUUGCGCAUGAAGAGGAGGAAGAAGAAGCAGAAGAGGAGGAGUCUGCUGCAAAGUUAAUCAGCAGGAAAAGAAAUAGGAGUGAGACCACAACUGGUGUGUCUACUGCGCCGAAGGCUGGUGCGGUUCCUUUGAACGGGAAGCAGAGCAGCUUGCGCUCUCUUUAUAGGUUUUCUCCUGAGGCCAAGAAGAAGUCGCCUGAGAAGGGUGUCGUAUUUACAGAGCCCUCAGAGCCGGUGCAGAAAAGGCCUAAGAUUACUAUCAAACCUUUCCAGGCUGCUGGGGCAGAGUCUAAACAGGAUAAACAAGCUGCUGAGACAGAGAGGGCGAAAGCUGCUGAAGCUGAGAAGAGACAAGCUGAGGAAAAGAAGAAAGCUAAGGAAGACAAGCGCAAAGCUGAGGAAGACAAGCGCAAAGCUGAGGAGGAGCGUAAGAAGAGGGCCGAGGAAGAGAAGAGGAAAAAGGUUGAGGAAGAGAGGAAAAAUAAAGCAGAGGAGGAGAGGAGGAAAACAACAUCUGAUAAACCUUCUGGACAAGACGUAAAAAAGUCUGGGACGGUGCAUAUUGCGGGGCUUGAUCGCCCCCAUCAUGAAAAAAGGAAGGAACCUGAAUUCGAGAAGGGGGUGCAAUCUGUUAAAACAACCUCUGUUACGAAGGGAUCAAGCUCUGCUGCUCCGGGAAAACAAGGCGCACCGCCGUAUUCUCCAAUAGGCCCCCGGGAUACUUUGGGGGACAUUUGUUACAACUCUUACACAGAGGAGGGCCGUGGUGACGCUCCGCAUCAACCGCCAUGGGGUUUAAAGUAA